CGGAUAGUCUGACCUCAGUGCACCUUCUUCACCGCGAAGUGGUGAAAUCCUCAUCGCGCGAAGUAGGUGUGUACCAAGCACAGAGCACUCAACGAUCUAUGAAUAAAGAAGACCAGCUGGUUUGCAGUUGGUGCUGGAGGCCCGGGGGAGACCUGUACCUGGCUCGUUGUGGACAUGUGCUCUGUGGGGAAUGCCUCGAUAACUGCCGAUUGGAUCCUGAUGCGAGCAUGAAUUGCCCUUGCGGAAAGGUGGCACUGGCAAAGGAUUUCUUGCGACUUCGAUUCGAUGAUAUCGGUGGCUAUCGAAAUACCGAAGCUGAUAAUGCGACACGCUCAUUUCCAGGUGCCCGGAACUGAACAAGUACUCAAGAAGUUUUGCUAUAUAAUUAUCAUUGCAGUCUUGAGUGCUUUGUUAAGCAGGCUUGGACAUUGGUGGGCCUAAGCUGUAGCUCAUUUUUUUCCCUUAUCUU